AUGAGCUCCACAAAUAAUGCAACCACCACUGCUGCGUCUGCAGUGGGCCGUUCAACAUCGCUACGUCGCAAUAUAUCAAAAUCAUCGCAAUCCGACCCCAAUAGACCCAGGAGACAAAAGUCGCUCGUCAGGCCUGAGCGUGAAAGAAAUGAUCCAAAUAGCCGUUUAUACCAUUAUCGCCAAAGAGCCGCCAAUGAACCUGAUCACAACCAUCCUAGCACUACUGGCAAUCAGCCUCAGCCAUCCCGUCCCCUACCGCCUACACCACAGCAUCAGCAACAACCGCAUGUGCAAUUAGAGAGAAGACCUACUGCUCGUGAACAGUUUCUGAGACGUGGAAAGAGUAUAUUGGGCAGAGAGGAGAAGCAAGAAGAUGGGGAUCAGUUUGAACAUGAUAACGACAAUCACAGCGCCGAAAAGAAGAGAUGUCUUUCUGGAUUCAGCCCUUGGAUGACAUACUGUCGCAUUUUAACAUGCUGUAUACCCAAACCACUGCUCAGAUGUGCUGGAAUUCCUGAUGGCCCUGCGCAAAUGGCUUGGCGUGAAAAAAUUGGCCUAGUUUCGUUCAUCUUGUUUAUCAUGGGUUGUGUUGGCUUCUUGACCUUUGGCUUUACGCAAGCAGUGUGUCCCAUUCCACCAUUGAGUGUGCGUGGAGGACAAGUCAGUCCAGGCUACUUGAUCAUAUCAGGCUGGGCUUAUAUGCUGGCUGAAUGGGAGCAUCCUGCUGGGCCCACCAACGAGUCGACCAACAUCUUGUAUCCACCAGUGAAUGCGGGUGGCAUGGAUGCUACAUUUCUGUUUCAAACAAGUCAACCCGAGUGUGCACCUGUAUUUAUUCCCAUUCAAGGUGAUCAACAGAUCUAUUUUCCAUGCCAGUUGUUCAAUCCAAAUGCGACCACCCCACCUGAUCCUUCCCAAUUUAUGAAUAGAACAGCUUGUCACUUAUCCGGUAAUGCGCGUAAUGUUUACAGCAGCUUUCAGAGCCAAGGUGUGCCAAAAUCCGCUGGUGGAUUCGACAAAGCCGCGCGUGUGUACUAUGACUGGAGCGAUAUUACAGCGGAUAAUGCGUUCACUGUUUAUAACGGAAACGUCCUGAAUUUAAAACUGCUCUCAUCGUUACCACCUGCUUAUUUCCAGACAAAGCCCAAUGGCUUAAUUGCAGCCAUCUUGCAAGAUGUGAACCAGUUUGCCGGAAAGGACAUUACAAGAAUUGUCAACGCAAAUAGAGCAAACGAUGAGGGACAGUGGGAGCAAGAAGCAAAAUGCCUGUCUGCUACCAUCAAGGUGGGCUCGUUGGAUACCAUCAGCAUUGGCUGCAUGGCCUCCGAUAUUGUACUGUACGUGUCUCUGGCUGUCAUUCUCGGUGUCAUUGCCGUCAAAUUCGCACUAGCUGUCAUUUUUGGCUGGUUUCUGUCCUGGAAACUGGGCAAUUUCAAGGAAGGCGAGUCGUAUUCUGCCAGAAUGAAGCGUGAAGCAGAAAUUGAAAACUGGACAACCAACAUGCAAGCUGGCGCACCACUUUCCAAGCCUCGCAUUCAAUCCCAAUUCUACGGCGGCGCAAACAGCAGACGCAAGAGCCUGUUUCCUCAAACAUCUCGCUUUACUCAACCUUUGCAUGGCUCCACGCGCUUUGACACUGAAAAGUUAGCCAACGCAUCAUCUGUCUGGAGAACUCCAAAUAGUGCAUUGGAGGGUCAUGUGAACCGACAAUCCAUGAUGUAUGGCAUAGAUGGAUCUGGCAGACACUCUUCCUACAUGCUGGGUGGCUCUUCGCCCGACGGCUACAACACCAGUCGCUCUUCUGUAUUCUACAACACGCCUUCAGCCUCUGCUCGGUUCCUGGGCAGCGAUCCUCAUCACCAUGCACGUCGCUCAUCACUGACAUCGUCUGACAUGGCAAGCACGACGGAUACCAACUCAUCAGGCCCAGUUUGUCCCUUACCCAUUUCACGCCAUGCAGUGAGACAGCCUCCCUCAGACUACAUGCCAUUCAAUUUUCCCCUUGCUCAUACCAUCUGUCUAGUGACCUGCUACUCUGAAGGUGAAGCUGGUAUCCGUAUCACGUUGGAUUCGAUUGCCACCAGCGACUAUCCCAACAGCCAUAAACUCUUGCUGGUGAUUUGUGAUGGUCUGAUUACUGGUGCUGGCGAAACCAUGUCCACACCUGAUAUCUGUGUCAACAUGAUGAGAGACCUGAUCGUGCCUGCAAAUCAAGUGGAGCCCUAUUCCUACGUAGCAUUAGCAGAUGGCUCCCGACAGAACAACAUGGCCAAAGUGUAUGCUGGUUUCUACAAGUACGAUGACACCACCGUUGACAAGGCACAUCAGCAGCGCGUCCCUAUGAUUACCAUCGUCAAAUGCGGCACCCCUGAAGAGCAAGCCAAAGCAGGCAAGCCUGGUAAUCGCGGCAAGAGAGAUUCUCAAAUCAUCCUGAUGCAAUUCAUGCAAAAGGUAAUGUUUGAUGAGCGUAUGACAACCAUGGAAUACGAGUUCUUUAAUGGCAUCUGGCGUGUGGCAGGCGUGCCUCCUGAUGCGUAUGAAAUUGUGCUCAUGGUGGAUGCAGACACCAAGCUAUUUCCUGAUGCGCUUUCAAGACUGAUAUCAUGUGCUGUCAAAGACCCUGAAAUUUCUGGACUCUGUGGUGAAACCAAGAUUGCCAACAAGACAGACAGUUGGGUGACCAUGAUGCAAGUCUUUGAAUACUAUAUCUCCCAUCAUCAAUCCAAGGCCUUUGAGUCCAUCUUUGGCGGCGUUACGUGUCUACCUGGCUGUUUCUGCAUGUACCGUAUCAAAGCCCCCAAGGGUCCAGAUGGCUACUGGGUGCCUAUUCUGGCCAACCCUGACAUCGUUGAACGCUACUCUGAGAAUGUGGUCGACACACUGCAUAAGAAGAACUUGUUGUUGCUGGGUGAAGAUCGCUAUUUGUCUACAUUGAUGCUUCGCACCUUUCCAAAUAGAAAGAUGAUGUUUGUUCCACAAGCAGUUUGCAAGACCGUGGUGCCUGAUACGUUCAUGGUGCUGCUCUCACAGCGCAGACGUUGGAUCAACUCGACAAUUCACAACCUGAUGGAACUGCUGUUUGUCCAUGAUCUGUGCGGUACCUUCUGCUUUUCAAUGCAGUUUGUCAUCUUUAUGGAGCUGGUGGGUACGUUGGCUCUGCCUGCCGCCAUCUCGUUUACCCUGUAUCUCAUUGUGAUGGCCAUCUUGGGACAGCCUGCCCUUAUCCCACUCAUCUUGCUGGCUUUGAUCCUGGGCUUACCAGCAGUCUUGAUUGUGAUGACCAGUCGAAAGAUUGUCUAUGUUGGAUGGAUGUUGGUGUACCUGAUCAGUCUGCCUAUCUGGAACUUUGUGCUACCCACGUACGCUUACUGGCAUUUCGAUGACUUUUCAUGGGGAGAUACUCGUAAAGUGGAGGGUGCAAAAUCGGACAAGAAAGGAGGUCAUGCAGAUAAAGAUGGCGAGUUUGAUAGCAGCGUGAUUACCAUGAAGAAAUGGAGCGAAUAUGAAAAGGAAAGAAGAACAAAAGAGGCAAUCGAUCGUAACAUGCCAAUUCCACGUUUUCUAGACAAGCCUAAAGGGAACAUGGAUAUUUUUCGAGAUUCGCUCAUGCCAAAACGAUACAGCAAGACCGGCUCAGCAGGAUCCAAUGAAUCAGACGUGCCACUCACUCAAAUGGGAUUUGUGUCGGGUUAUGCCACCAACAAGCAACCUAGCAGUAAACCUGCUACUGCCAUCAACGAGCGUGUGGUGGACGACUUGAUGAUUGAACAGAGGCCCGAUAGAAAGGAGACCUCAUCCUCUUCAAAUGAAUCAUCGGUGGGACCCGACAUUCCAUUAACAACAUUGCAUUCACAAGAGGCCUCUGCUUUUAGCAGACCUCGUACAAGCUACAAUGCGGGUUUAGCUAAUUCCGGUAUUGCUGACUACGAUGCUGAGGAAGAGGAUGAUACAGACGAAGAUGUAUAUCACCAAACAACACUACUAUCACCCAACAACAGAACGACCUUCCAUUCAAACAAUCACGAUCACUCAAUGUGGUCCAAUCCAGCACCUCACCACUAUCAACCGGCAGCCACAACAACGGCGGACACAUCGCUAGAUUCCUCCUCCUCAUCAUCUACUAAUAUACCCUUGCCCCCCACCUCAUGA